UGCUGCUAGGCUGUUAGCUGCAGCUCUGAGCCUCCAACUCCCCCCGCGGGUUUUCCUCUUUAAAUCACACGUGUGCACGAACGCUCUGGUUUCUUCAGGUCCACGGAGGUUCGCACGUGUCAGUUUAUUAUUUCAAACAUUCGAACUCGGCUCGGUUCGGCGCAAACUCAGCGUCGGAGGGAAACUCGAGGAGCCGCAUCUGGGAGCAAAGUCGUCGCUCGCUAGCAUCCUCGUAGCCAGAGGUGUCAACAGGUCGCCGCCGCCGCCGCCGCCGCCGCUGCUGCAGCUCUGUCCCUGCGGAGGGUGUCAUCCUCUUCGGGUUUUCUGUGCAUGCAAGUGGAGCGUUAAAUGCACGUUUGACGUUAUUAAAGUCCAGUAUGAAGAACGUGUAAUCCCGGGAUUACCUGAGAGGAUGUGACUGCACGGGUCUGCAGCAGCAGGAGGCAGGCGAGGCCAACACUUUAUCUGCAAAGGAAAAUGCUGACAGGGCAUAAAAAGUGACCAUGACCCGGACGGACACAACAUGGUGAACGUUUUCCCGUUUGCUCCCCCGUUCUCAUGAGACCAGCAGGAAGAUAUGGGCGUCCUCAGACUGGUGCUCAGAAUCAUGGGUAGGAUCAGUACGUUCAGGUCCUAUCAGUUCGUGCUUCUCCUGGCGGCCGCUCUCGCCGUCGUAGCUUUCUACUAUUUUGGCUCUGAGAGGCAGAACUUCUCCAGCACCACGAAGAGGAUCAAGCAGAGCCAGGCCAGCCACAACAGCAACCGAAACGACGCAGACCUGACCGUGGACACCAGGCUCUCGCACGCGGGGGGGUCUGAGGAGCAAGGAGAUGCAGGAGGAGAGGGUGAGGUUUUCAGGUCAAAGACGGGGCCUAGUGAGGCUGCUGACCAACGCUACCACGCACUCAUGAUGUUCACCAAGGUGGACAAGAGCCGGAGCCUGCAGGACAAGUUCCGGGUGGCCAUGUUGUCUAUGGUGGAGCACGGACACUUUCUGGAGGGAGAGGUGUUGGUGCUUCAUUUCGUGAGCGACCAGGCCAGCAAAGAACUGGGAGAGAGGAUGCUGCAAGAGUUUCUCCUCGACGCAACGUUUGAGUACGAGGUGUUAUUUCAUGACGUGGUGGCCCUCACACAGAAGCUCUUCCCUAUUGUGGAGGCCAUGCAGAAGCACUUCAGUGCCGGCUCCGGAGCUUACUACAGCGAUGCCAUCUUCUUCCUGUCUGUGGCCAUGCAUCAUAUCAUGCCCGACAGUCAGAUGCGCAUAGUGCAGCUAGACCUGGAUCUGAAGUACCGGACCAACAUCAGAGACCUCUUCCAAGAAUUUGACCGGUUUCCUCCGGGAGCCGUGAUAGGCAUCACCAGAGAGAUGCAGCCAGUCUACAGACACACCUUUUGGCAGUACCGUAAGGAGAACCCUCAGACCAGAGUUGGCGAACCGCCUCCUGAAGGCCUCCCGGGCUUCAACAGCGGCGUGAUGUUGUUGGACCUGGGAGCGAUGAGGGCCUCGGCUCUCUACAACCAGCUGUUGCAGCCCGGUAAUGUUGCCAAACUGGCCGACCAGUAUCGCUUCAGGGGCCACCUCGGCGACCAGGACUUCUUCACCAUGAUCGGCAUGGAGCACCCUGAACUCUUUUAUUCCCUGACCUGUGGCUGGAACAGACAGCUGUGCACAUGGUGGCGGGACCAUGGAUACGGAGACGUGUUUCAGAUGUAUUAUCGCUGUGAAGGACCUGUUUACAUCUACCAUGGUAACUGUAACUCCCCCAUACCAGAUGACUGAUCUAUGUAAACAUCGUGACUUGCCUGAUCGUGCGCCUCUAGCCACAGACUCUGCCUCCUGCUGGUCAAGGGGCUGGUGAAGAGACCCCCAGACUUACUACAAGUAUGGGUUUCAUCUGUGUCAAUUUAGAGAAAACAGCUUGAGUUAAAGCACCGCAGAGGGCUGCACUAAUCAUGUCCUGUGGUACAAAGAUGAAGAAAUAUGUGAAUUUCAGUUUCAGGAAGACGUAUCAGCUUCUCAAGACUAAAGAAGAGCUGACAACAUUAUCGGGAUGGAUUUUUCUGCCGUUGAAAAAUUAGUAUGGUAUAAAAUAUCCUUUUCGAAAAUAACAGGUAAUCUACCAUGAAUGUGGUCUGGAUUAUCUGGGAUGGGCCAAAGAUGCACUUUGCAGGGUGAGUCCACGUUUUUGUCAGAGCGAGCUGCAAUGGUACCGAGUCAGUGUGGCCCUCGUUCAAAUGAUGGUAGGGUCGUUGUCAAAUUUCCUUUUUUUUUUUGAUUUGCCAUCGUUAAAUUGGUGUUUCGGUUGAGGAGAGUCUAAAAGACGAUUCCUUUAAAUGGAAGAUAUCAAUUUUUUUUGUUUAGAAUUCACAUUAAUUGAUGUUGCCAUUGGGGCUGCACAGAUUAAUUCAACAAAACAAUUAGUCACCAAAUAUUUUGUAGUUUUUAUCACUUUAUUUUAAUCGUUAUCAAAUGAUGGUUUGCUGUAGCUUCUCAAUUGUGAGAAUUGAAUACUUAGUAACACAUGACAUGUGACGAUGUUCCCUUUUGGCUCUAGAAUAUUCACAUUUUCUGACGUUAUAGACAAAAUAAUUCACCAAUAAAUCAAGAAUAUAAUCAGAAGAUUAAUGGAUGAU